AUGGCAACGAUCUACAAUUUAAGUCAAGAAGAUUUAGAUCAUGCUAAAAAGGUUUUCAAAAACGAAUAUAAUACCUCUCACAAUAAUGAUACUUUGGCUGUUGUAAAGAAAAUAAACCAACUCAAAGAAAUGCAACAACUUUUUGCAAAAGAAAGCCCUGAAACAGAGAAUUGGCUCCAAGAGCGCGGGUAUAUAGGAGUACCAAUUUCACUAAAUGUUCUGGAAUCAUAUCAAAAAAUGAUUAAAGAUAUUAUAACAGCAACUAAAUUUAUUAAGGAUAAUUCCCCACAUGAAAUUUCUAAAAGCGACCUUGAAGCAUUUACUAUAGGUGUCCAAGAAUUCAAAAGUGAACUUUCCAAUCUCCGUGAUUUGUUAAAUGAAGUGAUGGACUCUCAACCAGAAAGUUAA